UGGAAAGUACUGAAGGUUUUAGCGAAGAACAUUGCCAACACUGGACACUUGAGCUUCAGUCCGCAGUGGCACAGGUGCGGCAUUGGUGAGAGCGAUUGUCUCGACUACGAGAUGGGGGCGGUGACUGUUACCAGAGUGGAGCAUGAAGGGGAGGAAUCACGAAACCCCAGAAGAAUAUGGAGCAAGCUCAUAUCAUUGGGGUGGUACUUCUACAAUGCUGCACUCAACACCUACGGCAACUCGUGGUCACGGCAGAAGUGCGUGGAUUGGUACAAAGCAGACAGAAAGAACGAGGCGUGGCAGUCCGAGCUCCCAGCCUGCCCGUGCACCCUGGACCAAGCCUUGGCGGAUUUCGGCCGUUGGCAGGCUGACGUGGCGUGUGACAUGAACACCGGGAGCGUGUGUGCAUUCCACGUCGGUGCAAUCCACUGUGUGAGAUCGGUUCAGGCCACCUCCGCGGGAGCGGGAAACCAGUGCUGUUAUAGAAAGGACGGUAUGCUCAUGACCACUGUGGACACAUUCAACGGCAGCACGCCGGACCGGAGUCAUGCCUGGGGGGACAGGCCUUACGGAACACCGCCCAAGGUGCCCGCUUUGUCUCACUGGAUUCAUGAUGUUGUCCCGUUCUUCUACUGCUGUUUGUGGACGGGUGAUAGUUGCCAUUAUUACAUGGAACAGAGACCUACCUCGGACUGCAAGAACUACAAACCACCCAAACCAGCUGUGGUAUAUGGCGACCCGCAUCUUAUCACACUGGACGGUAGACUGUACACAUUUAACGGGAAGGGGGAGUACUUGUUACUGCGAGACACGCAGCACAACUUCCUACUCCAGGGAAGGUUUGGCCAAACACUUACAGACGUCAAAGCCACGGUGAUAAAAUCUAUAGCAAUGCGGGAGGGGGCGCUGUCCGAUAUUAUAGAAGUCAGAAUCAAUCCCCCAGGAAGCAACUGGAAGAGAGAUCUGACCAUAUUGGUGAACCACGAGGUCAAGCAUUUUGAAAGGAAAGGUGAAAGAACGCAGGAUUUUAAAGGCGGCGUGACGGUCAUCAACAACGACCCACGGCGUUCGUCCAACAUCACAGUGUACUUUGAGUGUGGCAUAGGGGUGCAGGCAACGGCGCUGGAAGGUCUACUUAACGUGGUUGUCAUGGCACCGCCAUCUGUCAAGUUUCAGACACAAGGAUUAUUCGGCAGCUGGGAUGACGACGCUAGUAAUGAUAUAAAUGGCACCUCGGCCGUCCAAAUUCACAACUCAAGCGAGCAGUGGCGAAUUUCAGAAAAAUCUUCCCUUUUUACGUACGGACCUCGGAGCUAUGCGUUCUACCAGGAUCUGGCGUUUCAGCCGGCCGCCAUCAACUUUACCGCCAUUCCCUCCAGGAGACCGGAGGUGGCGACGCUAUGCGGCAGUAAUCAACAGUGUGCCUACGACUACGUUGUGACAGGAGAUGAGGCGAUUGCAAGAGGGACGCUGGCAGCGGCGCGGCAAUAUGAAAUUUUGAAGGAGAGGACAAAACCUGUCCAAGCUUGCGGUAUUUUGGACAUUGAAAACUCCAUCAAAUUAGUCGACAAUUACCUGCUUGGCGGCAAAGUGGCCGUGACGGGCUGCCAGCCAGGCUAUAAAUUGUCAGGAAAGAAUGUCUCUUUCACGUGCAGCUUAAACGACACUGGGGCGGCGGCGUGGUCCCCACUUCCCACCCUCACCUGCGUCAUAGAACAAGAAGCCAGUAACGAGGCGCAAAUUCAGUACGCGCGGACCACGGCCACUGUGCUGGCGGUGCUGUUACCGACAUUCUUCGUAUUCUUGGUGCUAGGGGCCGGCCUCACCUGGUGGAUUCAUUCACGGUCACGAGGUGUAACAAAAUCUCGCACCCCUGAAGAUGAGCUCGCAGGCGGUCGCCAGGAGGGUGACGGCGGAGAGGGCCAUGGCAUGACGGCCUACCAUAAAGAAAACCUGUAUACCCUAGCCGAGGAAGACGAAAGUUAUGUGUUUGUCAAUCAAGCAGAGAUAGAAACGUUAGAAAAGUCAAACCCAAAUUUAAAUAAGUCAAAGGAAAGCAUUGGCAAGUCAACUCAUGUGUGACAGUGGAAGUCCAAGCGUCGACAGGUGAAACUCACAAGCUUGAUAGUUAUUUGCAAGUUUAUACCAAGCAUGGGAAACAAAUUCACAAGUUCUUUUCACAAUACGAUAUGAAUUUGUCCACCAUGGGGUUAUUUCCAGCGUUUCAUUAUAUGACGACUGUGGACUGGCGUGCCUUUUGAAACCUGGUGCUUCACUCCCAAUUAUGUCACCUUUGAGCAAAGCGCUCAUACUGUGCCAAAUGCCAGAGGUCGUUUUUUUUAUUUUUUUAUUAUUUUUUAUUUAAUAGGUAGCUCGAAAACAAUUUGCAUUUAUACUAUGUAUAGAUUAUGUUUAAAAAGACAAACUGAUGCAGAUUACUUGUCGAAUUUUGAGCGAUGUUAAAGAGAACGAGAUGCCAAUCUUCAUUAUGUAACACCACAGCGAU